UCACUGGAAUAUGAAGGCAGCCAUGUUGGCUGCUGACUGAGCGAACGUCACGGAACAGGGGGGAGAGAGAAAGGGAAAGGCCGGAGCGGGACGGCAGAGGCAAUCCGCAUUCAUCCGCUGCUCCAACUCGCUCGGAGAGUGGUGGGCACUGCACAACUGCCAUCAUGAGUGGGGGUACUCCUUACAUCGGUAGUAAAAUCAGCCUGAUCUCCAAGGCAGAGAUCCGAUAUGAGGGGAUUUUGUACACCAUCGACACCGAGAACUCGACCGUCGCUUUAGCCAAAGUUCGCUCUUUCGGAACAGAGGAUAGGCCUACGGACAGGCCAAUACCACCUCGUGAUGAAGUAUUCGAGUACAUCAUAUUCCGGGGCAGUGAUAUCAAAGAUCUCACAGUGUGUGAGCCACCAAAGCCUCAGUGUUCUCUGCCUCAGGAUCCUGCUAUUGUUCAGUCUUCACUUGGCUCAUCCUCAAGCUCUUCUUUCCAAUCUGUGGGUUCCUAUCCACCGUUCAGCAGAAUGCCAGCAUAUAGCCAGUUUGGGCCAAGCCCGCUAGUGACGCAGCAAUACAAUGCAGUUGGCGUUGGAGGUCCCUCGUCAUCUUUCAACAGCAACAAAACCAGCUUUGCAUCACUUACACAGACCAGCUCACUGGCUUCGACCGUCAAACCUGAUACAGGUUCACUGAAAUUGCAGUUAGCUUUUCAGGGCCGAUCGAGCCCAAAACUGGAUUCAAUGAGGAAAAGUCCAACAAUGGAACAAGCAGUGCAGACAAAUACUUCUCAGGGCCCUGUGGGCAGGAGAAGUCCUGUACUAGCCAGACCUCUGCCCUCAGUUCACCAUCACAAACCAACAGAUUCUCAUGAUGCAAGAAAAGUUUUUGAAUCUCAGAAAGUUCUACGGCCAGAAAGUGAUCUCUUCAAGAAUGAAAAUCGGGAACCAAACAGGAGGCCAUCAGGUAGUAAUGUGGAGCUAGUUGACAGGUUUAAACAAGGUACAAUGAAGUGCCAAGAACAAGAUGCAUUUAGAAAAGCCAAAACCAGCAAUGACUGUUUGGAGUUAGAGAAACAUGGCGGUCAGGCUGUCAGGCGAGGCCGUGGUGGGAGCCGAGGAAGGGGAAGAUUCACUGUAAGAAGAGACGGCCCAAUGAAGUUCGAGAAAGACUUCGACUUUGAGAGUGCGAAUGCACAGUUUAACAAAGAGGAGAUUGAUAGAGAGUUCCAGAAUAAGCUGAAAUUGAAAGAUGAUAAACAACCUGAUAAAACAGAGAAGGCUGUAAAUGGUGAAGAUAAAGGUGACUCAGGGAUUGAAACACAAAACAGUGAAGGAAAUGCUGACGAAGAUGAUACUUCAGGACCGAAAUGUUAUUACGACAAAACCAAAUCUUUUUUUGACAACAUUUCCUGUGAUAAUGAAACCAGCUAUUUCUCUUCCAGAGAUCGGAGACCCACUUGGGCUGAGGAGAGGCGGAUAAAUGCAGAAACAUUUGGAAUACCACUGCGUCCGACACGUGGCCGCGGGGGCUUCAGAGGACGAGGAGGUUAUGGAUAUCGGGGAGCACGGGGCCGUGGAGGAAGAGGGAACUAUGGGCCUCCCCGUGGUGGUUAUCGUGGAGGAUUCAGAGGAGGGCGUGGAGGAGGCAGAGAGUUCUCAGACUUUGAAUACAGGAAGGACAAUAAAGUUGCUGCAUAGUAUGCAAGCUGGAUUUCCCAGAAAAAGGACUUUAGAUCUACGCAGUCCAGAGAAUUUGUUUAGUUUCAAACUUAUUUUUGACAGCAAAAGUGAAGAAAUUAAUUUGCUGUACACCUGUCACCAGCACUGGUAUUUAUGUGCUUGACAUCAAAAGGGGGAACACGCAAUAUCUUGUUGUGCAGAAGGUUCGUCUUUACAAUGUUGAGCAUUAAAUAUUCGUCUUUGAAAUAGCAGAAGGAAAUUUCUAAAUGUAUAGAUACGACUAGUAUGUUGGAGCUUUCCAGUAUUUUUGCAUUGAUAACGAGAGUGAUUUCUUAUUACUGAAAAUGUUUGAUAAAAAUGCUGUCAGUUGCAAGAAAUACUGUAUGCAGCUGACCAUCUACUGUGAUUGCAGUCUGACUGAUACUUUACAGGAAGCUACAUUGAAAGCUAUUCAGAUUUAUUUUUUCCAUGGAAUGAUAAAACUUAGCUUUAAUCUGCGUAGGACAAAACAUAAUACUUAAUGCGCGCUGGACUCUUUUUAUUGAGAAAAAAAUGGGAUCAGAACAUCUUUCAUGACAGAAGACCCCAGAGAUGCCUCUCCUGAGUCACAAAACUUUCUGGUGUCUGUCAACUGUUCUUCAUUGUUUUAUGAAACAGAAUUUUUUCAUUUCGAACAAAACAAGUUAAAUUUGUAGCCUUUUUAAAUUGAGUAAAUUUAGUUCUGAAAUAUACAAAGCAAAAAGGGAUCCAAAGAGGAAGAAUUUUUGAAUUUAUAUAGCCAUGUGAAACUAACUUUGAACUUCACCAUUGAUAUGUAAUAUAUAGUGUAUAGUUCAUACCUUCACAAGGUCUUACCCAUAAAAUAGAGCUUGAUCAUAUGAAAUUAAUUUUUUUGUCACUGUCAUUUUUCAUUUUCCAUCUGGUUCUUUGCUACACUUAUCACAAUAAUAAAGUAACUAUACACUAAAUAUUAUUGAAAAACUAAGUAAUGUCAGUGAGUUUGAGGAUGUAAUUCAGCCACUUAGGUCUUUGUUCUAUUGUUUCAUAAUAUCCAAGUUGCUUGAUCUGAAUUACACUCUUAUUACUUGCUGUGGAUCUGAUCUAUUUACUUGAAAUAAAUUAUAGACUUUGGACAGGUUGGGGAGCAGGUUUGGGGGGAGGAGGGUUGCACAUUUGGAUAUUUGGCUUGAACUGAUAACCCCAGGUAAACACAGGAGAACUAACUCCAGGCCUGGCUUAUGAUGACAGUGCCCCUCCCUCUGAGUAUAAUGCUUUGGAAUAGUGUUAGAAAGGUUUGUGUUUUGCAGAGAGUGGGGUGGAAGCAAUAUGAUUUUUGAGGGUCUCGGAUGUGAGGGAAUACCCUUCUCUUUACGGGCUACAGAACUCCCAUCAGAGAAAAGUCAGCUAAAACAUAACCCAUCUAAGACUGCACUAUAACCAUUUUAGAUUUGGUGAGAUACAACCUUGAUCAAGUGUCAUUGACAUACCAUCAGAACAACACUUGCAAAAAAACCGCAGCAAAUUACAUUUAGCAGCAGCUCAUUGACACUUUUCCGAUUCUGACAAGCCAUUUUCUUUUAAAGGAUUAGUUCCAAAUACAGUUGUGGGAUUUCAGUUGAUGCAAACUACUUUGACCAGUGAUUGCUUGGUAAAAUGCUGUGAAAAUCCAAGCAGAGGCAGCAGAUUGGUGAUUAUACACGACAGUUGUCAAUAUCUUUACAUUGGUUAUGAGUCUCCCUUGCUGUGUUCUAAAUUAAACAAAACGCUACAUAUGUUAUGAAGAUAUAACAUUUCAGCACUUUUUCUCCCACUUUGAAUGUUAACCACGUGCUGCUGUUGACUUGAACUAGAGAAUUACAGCACAGUAUAUUUUGUUUCCCCCACUGAUUUAACAUGAGUUUUUUUUGCAAUAAUGAGAAAUAAAAGGUUGUCAGAAAA